AUGACUAUUGCUACAUCACACACACCCACAAGUGUGAGAAUAACUGACAUAGAAAAACAGAUAUUAGAAUUAAACAAUGAUAUUAUAAAACCUACCAAAUUAAAAAUACUAAAAGAAAUAUGUAAGCAUAUUAAUGCAACAGCUGGUAUCAAUAUUACUGCAGAUACACCCACUAAUAAUACAAUAUACCAAGACCUAAUCGAGUUACAAUUGGAAUAUACUUCUGAUUUGCUAAAGCGGGCAGCUAGUGGUGAAAACACUCUUCAAUUGUUGGAUGACAUCGACAAUUACCUGGAAAGCAAAGAAUAA